UCGCCGCUUCCCCCUCCCCUCCGGGAGCGAUGCGAGGGCGCCGCGUCCUUGGCUGUUGCGCUCCGCGGCGCCCGAGCGUGCCCCCCGGCCCCGUGGUGGUCACAGUCCCCCCGGACGCCGAAUAAUGGCCUGGGCUCUUGGCCGAGGUUGACCGGACGGAUUUUGCCCCAUCGUCCCGCCGCCGCCGCCAGAAUGGGUUACACAGACCCGACUUUCAACCGGGAUUUACUGGGAAACCGAACUUUGCUUUUCAUUUUCAUCUGCGCCUUCGCCGUGGUCACGCUGCUGCAGCAGAUCCUGUACGGGAGAAACUAUCUGAAGAGUGAGCUGCAGUUUAGAUGGCAGAGUGAUGAGGAACUGGCCAACUGGACCAACAGCUCCAAUUUCAUGGAUGGCGGAGCUCUGAGAAGUGGAGGUGGCACAGGCAGCAGGUACAGAGAUCGGGGGCACAGCACUGGAAGGGUGGCUCUGGUCCUGGAACAGACCUUUGAUAUGAUCUGGGGAGGCACCAUCACUCAUUCUUUCCAUGCCGAUGUUAAUGAAGACAAGAGAAACCCACACUUGAUCCUUAAAAUUUCCUCCAGAGCUGAAGGAACUGGAAUAAUUGCCCUGCUUUUGUACAUGGUCAAACUCUGCCACAAA